GCAUAUCUUUGAGGACCCUCCCUGCAAGUGUCCCAAUAAGUUCUGUGUGGAGAGACAGGCUCGCGUCGGAGAGAAGAUGCUCUUCAUCCGGAUGCUACACAACAAGCAUGUGAUGGUGCGUGUGGGAGGAGGCUGGGAGACCUUUGAGAGCUACCUGUUGAAACACGACCCAUGUCGGAUGCUCCAGAUCUCCAGAGUGGAGGGGAAGACCUUUCCCAUGUCCCCCAAGUCACCCAACACCAAGGACCUCACCCCAGACAGCUACUUGGUGGUGGCCGCACACUACCGCAGCAAGAAGUAAAGAUGGCCGCCUACUACCACAACAAGAAGUAAAGAUGGCCGCCUACUACCGCAGCAAGAAGUAAAGAUGGCCGCCUACUACCACAACAAGAAGUUAAGAUGGCCACCUACUACCGCAGCAAGAAGUCAACUGGCGCUUCAACCAAGGGGAUCAGUUUGAGCAAGGCGAGGAUGGUGAUGGCCUACUACCGCAACAAGAAGUAAAGAUGGCCGCCUACUACCACAACAAGAAGUAAAGAUGGCCGCCUACUACCGCAACAAGAAGUAAAGAUGGCCGCCUACUACCGCAACAAGAAGUAAAGAAGGCCGCCUACUACCACAACAAGAAGUAAAGAUGGCCGCCUACUACCGCAACAAGAAGUAAAGAUGGCCGCCUACUACCGCAACAAGAAGUAAAGAUGGCCGCCUACUACCACAACAAGAAGUAAAGACAUUCAUGAGGACCUGAGGAAAUGACCUCUUGCCUUUCCCAACUAGCAAAACUGAUUGAAAUGACAGUGACACAGGGCAAAGCCAGCUGACACUGUCAUUCCAACCAGAUUCCAACCAGUUGCUUGUACAGUAUGUCUUCUAGUUGAUGUAAGCCACAGCCGGCCCACCUGAGCUACAGAACAGACAGUGGCCAGCAGGUAUAUAUCUCCUGUCCUAGCGGUCACGGCAAACUAGCGUCACGGUGACGGUUUGAUUUGGAUUUCUAGCCUUUGAGAAUAAUCUAUGCAAUCAUUUUGACAGUCAUUUUUAGUCGGGGAUUGAGGCUGGUAUAUUUGGUUCUAAAAGCAUGUUUUCUAAUGUUACCUUGUGUGUAUUUUGUUUGACUUUUGUCAUUCAUUCAUUUAAUAGUGUGAAAGUAUAGUAUGACUUCUGUAAUAACUGAUAUAUUCUGAAUAGUGAUUGGAUACUGGUAAAGCUGAAUCUGGACAUGUUCCACCAAUCAUGUUCCUCCUACGGUUCCACCAAUCAUGUUCCUCCUACGGUUCCACCAAUCAUGUUCUUCCUACGGUUCCACCAAUCAUGUUCCUCCUACGGUUCCACCAAUCAUGUUCCUCCUACGGUUCCACCAAUCAUGUUCUUCCUACGGUUCUACUAAUCAUGUUCCUCCUACGGUUCCACCAAUCAUGGCGUUUCUCCUUUCCUUGUUUUCUAAAUAUGCAGCUACACCACACAAGGGAAGAUAAUCAUGGCUAAAACAAUGUGUUUUUAAAUGUAUUCAUGUAAUCACACAAUCAGUCACAGUACAGGCUUACUGGUUACCAUGCCCAGGGACUUGUCUCUGGCUUGAGCUUUUUGCUUUAAAGACCAAAGGGUUCCACCAUUCAAUCUAAUGGAAGUCAACAUUUAAAAUAUGUUUGAAAUAGUGCUACUUUAUUAUGUUAAAAGUCCUGACUAAUAUGAACAGCUGUACGUAGGAUGUGUUUAUUAUGGUGCUGAUUAUGGAUUUCUCUGUAAUGUCUAUUAUGAGUGAUUCUCUUUUUUUUCCACGAGCUAGUUCUGCUCUCCUGUUCUGAAGUUAAAAG